GGGACGCUCCUUCAACAACAACAGCUAGUCAGACACCUCGGUAGUUUUCUAGCAAACAUAGUUACAACAUUCACGCUCUUUACACUGUUUUGGUGUAUAUUAGUCGAUGUGUUUUAAACACACUUCUGUCGUAUGUACUUGUUGGCCCAUUUAAUUAUAUAUUUACGUUGUUUGUCAGCUAGCUGGUUUGCUAAAUUAGCUUAGAACUAGGCUAGUCGCUAAUGCUAGCUAGCUAACAUCCCCGACCAUGAGUUCACUAAGUUACUCUCCUGCUAAAGAAGAGGGGGUCUGCUGGACGGAGAUAGAAGCUUUCGUGAAAGAGGAGGAGGAAGAGGAGGAUGUUACUGUGAAUGAAGAAGAGAAAGCCGUUUCAGUGAAAGAAGAGGAAGACACGUUCAGAGUGAAAGAGGAGGAGGAUGUUACAGUAAAAGAAGAGGGGGAUGCCGUUUUUGGAGUGAAAGAGGAGGUGGGGGAGAUGACUGUCACAUUGAAAGAGGAGAAGGAGGAAGAAGAGGAGGUUGGAGAUCUGUUUAACACCAGAGAUAGACGGGACUACUGUGGAUCCUCUGGGGAGCCUCAACAACCUCAUGAUGCUGACGAAGCAGAGAAGAGUCUCUCCAGAUCAGAACACAUCAAGAAACACCAGCAGAUAUCCACAGGGAAGAGAACUCACUGCUGCUCUGACUGUGGGAAGAGAUUCACCUCAUCAGGCAUUAAAAUUCACCAGAGAAUCCACACAGGAGAGAAACCUUACAGCUGUACUCAAUGUGGGAAGAGUUUUGUUCAAUAUAGCCAUCUGAAGAUACACCAGAGAACACACACAGGAGAGAAACCUUAUAGCUGUACUCAAUGUGGGAAGAGUUUUAGUCAUUCAACCAGCCUGAUAUCACACCAGAGAAUACACACAGGAGAGAAACCUUAUAGCUGUGAUGAAUGUGGGAAGAUUUUUACUACAUCUAGAAAUCUGACUCUACACAAGAGAACACACACAGGAGAGAAGCCAUAUAGCUGUGAUCAAUGUGGGAAGAGUUUUACUCAGCUAAGCAGCCUGACAUCACACCAGAGAACACACACAGGAGAGAAACCAUAUAACUGUGAUGAAUGUGGGAAGAUUUUUACUAGAUCUAGCAAUCUUGCUCGACACCAGAGAAUACACACAGGAGAGAAACCUUUUAGCUGUGAUCAAUGUGGGAAGAGUUUUGUUUUAUCUUGCCUUCUGACUGUACACCAGAGAAUACACACAGGAGAGAAUCUAUAUAGCUGUGAUGAAUGUGGGAAGAUUUUUACAAGGUCUAGCAAUCUGACUCUACACCAGAGAAUACACACAGGAGAGAAACCUUUUAGCUGUACUCAAUGUGGGAAGAGUUUUACUCAGCUAAGCAGCCUGAUAUCACACCAGAGAACACACACAGGUGAGAAACCUUUUAGCUGUACUCAAUGUGGGAAGAGUUUUACUCAGCUAAGCAGCCUGAUAUCACACCAGAGAUCACACACAGGAGAGAAACCAUAUAGCUGUGAUGAAUGUGGAAAGAUUUUUGCUAGGUCCAGCAAUCUGACUCUACACCAGAGAAUACACACUGGAGAGAAACCUUUUAGCUGUACUCAAUGUGGGAAGAGUUUUACUCAGCUAAGCAACCUGAUAUCACACCAGAGAACACACACAGGAGAGAAACCAUAUAGCUGUGAUCAAUGUGGGAAGAGUUUUGUUCAAUCUAGCCAUCUGAAGAUACACCAGAGAACACACACAGGAGAGAAACCUUUUAGCUGUGAUCAAUGUGGGAAGAGUUUUGUUCAAUCUGGUGAUCUGACAGUACACCAGAGAACACACACAGGAGAGAAGUAUUUUAGCUGUGAUCAAUGUGGGAAGAGUUUUGUUACAUCUAGCCUUCUGACAGUACACCAGAGAACACACACAGGAGAGAAACCUUAUAGCUGUAAUCAAUGUGGAAAGAGUUUUGUUUCAUCUACGGGUCUGACAGUACACCAGAGAACACACACAGGAGAGAAACCUUAUAGCUGUCAUCAAUGUGUGAAGAGUUUUGCUACAUCUGGGCAGCUGACUGUACACCAGAGAACACACACAGAAUAGAAAUCGUAUAGCUCUAAUUGAUGUGUGAAGAGUUUUCCUCAGUCAAACAGCCUGGUACAACACCAGAGAACACACACAGGAGAGAAAUCUCUUCGCUGUGACCAGAGAUAAUCUGAUAAAAGAUCUCAGAUCAAAUAUCAGAAAGUACGUACAUGAAAGAGUUGUUUCAUGAUAUCAAUUAAUUAAUGUCACAAUGUAGAAUGUUUUAACAUUGUAGGAGUGUUUUAAUAAUGUCACAAUGUAGAAGCCUAAAUGUUUGCCCCUUUAUCAAUUGAUUUCAACAUGAUAUGGAUAUUAGCCUCAGGGGGAAAAUCCAGGCUCUGAAUUGAAAGUUGUGUUGUGUUACACUUAACAUGUUGGUGACCCACUGGAAUCAAAAUGCAACACUUCAAAUUGUAGCUAGCUGUUUUCUACAAAUUGUCCUCUAACCAGUGAUGUUUACAUUAUUCCCAGAUUCCGUGUGGUUUUUGAGCUGUUAGUUUUAACAGGAUGUGGAACUUCACCUCCCUCCUCUCGCACAAAUGAUUUCAACAUGAUAUCGAUGAGAGAUGACAAAUAAGUGUUGCAUUUCUUUCUUUAGCGGCCCCUACAUUUAAAUGCAUCACUCCAAAAUGUAGCUGACUGUCCUCUAACCAGUGAGGUAAAAGAUAUCUCCCAUUUCCAUGUGUUUUUUUAGUUGUGUUAGUUUCAACAGCACGUACAACCUAAUCAAUAUCAGUGAUUUAUGGCUACUUGUCAAAACAACAGCGUUGCUGGUGCUUGUGCAGUUUAUAAGGUGCUUGUUUAAAAAAUACAAGUAACAUGAUUAUUGUGGCAGAUGUUUGUGUAUAUAGCACAUUUUAUGUUUAGGUUUUCAAUAUAUCACAAGUGAGUUAAGACGAGAGUUCUAGAAUCUAGUGGGGGGAAAAAAUAUAUAUUUUUCUUGUUUUUAAUUGUUCACAGCCAGUAGUCACCAUGUUUAUAUUGGUGAAGGUGAAGCAUUGUAGUUGAUUAUAAUGUGAAAUUGAAGUUGUUUUCUGUUAAGCAUUCUCUUAAGGGGGAAGGUGUUACAGUCUUUGGUUUUUCCAUUUAUAUUUUUAGGUUGGACUUUAGCACGUAUAGCUCGUUAGCACGUAUAGCUUGUUAGCACGUAGGGUGCACUGAUUGGUGUCACCUCGUUAGUCAGUAUGUGUUACACCUGUGCUGGCUUGUCCAUCUCGUUAGAGGAAAGGUGUUUCACCUGAGCUGGUCCAGGUUCUAUUGAAGAGUGUCUGGCCCAGUGCUCCAGUUGUGUUGAUAGAUGUGGAGAGUCAACACCUUUAGUUGCGCUAUCGUUUUUAUUUGCUUCUCUUUUUUAAGUUUGUUGUGGGUUUUUCUUUUGUUUGCCUCUUCUUGAGCAGAUUUAGUGGGUCUCAUGGUGGGUGUCUUUUAUCUCCCAGUUGUUGUUACUAGUCAACUUUCAGUGGACACUGUGAGAGCAAAACUGCAAGAUUAUUUUAUAAUACUUUUAUUGCAUCAAAUGGUUGUUUUAUGCAACAGAAUAGAGGGUUCUUCAAACUAUUGUGUCUGUGUUCUACUGAGGAUUGGCCUCUGGGAUAUCACACUGACAGGAGAUUUACAAUGUCUUUUGGGUUACAAAACCUAAAGAGACCGCAUUCCAGAGCAUGAGUUAAUGUUUCUGUUCUAUAUGGUACCAGGGAGAGAUGACCCCAGGGCCAGGCCCUGAUCUCUACACAAAGAGUACUGUUUUUACAGCAGAUACUGUCUGCUGAGAAUUAUAAAUAUCUCUCAUACAAAUCCUAAACUUGUGACCUGUUCUAUACAUCUGUUGUUCAUCAUGUAAGUUGAAAGACCUUUGUACUUUUGACUCGUGGCUCUCAACGAAUCAUCUGGGGGUGAUUCAUCGACCAGCCAUCAUUAUUGUAGAGCACUCAAUUCACUUUAUAUGUGUGUGUGUGUUGUAUUGACCUGCUCCCUUAUAAAUAAAUGAAUAUAGAUUUAGUUUAAGAAUAACUCA